AUGUAUUACUAUAACGAACAGGAAUGCAUAUUGAAUGCUGAAACUCGUCACACCAAGCCAGACCUCUUCAUUCCGGAAGGAGACGAGUUCUCUGUAGACUACUUCGAUAUCACAUGUCAUCUACAGAAGGAGAAAUGUCCAGCUGGAACUCAUCUCAAGGCAGUGAGAACUAUCAACGCAGCUCUCCCAGAAGGUGAAGGUGACCUACAUGUGCUAAAGUCAGCUGGCAAAGGAGUAAAGGGAUGCAUGAAGAAGUGCGCCGAUACUGCUCCGGAAAAAUGCCGUUCAUUCAAUUACGACAAGCGGACUGGCACUUGCAACCUUCUUUAUCUCGACGGCAAGAGCACGCUCCGCCCACAAAUCCGUCAGGGCACUGACCUAUACGACAUGCACUGUCUAGCAGCUAUGCCUCUAGUGGAAGCUGAUUGUUCGAUCAACAAAGACGAUGCUCUGUUCUCGAGAUAUUUACACACAAAACAACGUGGAAUCGCAAGCAAGACAUACAAGGUCGUUUCACUCAACUCUUGCCUUGAAGUAUGCGCUGGCAACCCCACAUGCGCUGGUGUCAACUACAACCGCCACAUCGGCCAAUGCGACAUGUUCGACGCCAUUGAUGGAGACGCUGAUGUCAACGAGCACGUGGACUUCUACAAGAAUCUUUGCGUUAUCAAGGUAAAAUAAAU